GUCCAGCAAGAAAUGCCCCGCCAAUUUUCAUCGUACUUAACUUGUGCAGUAUUCUUUGAAGUUUGGCCUUCAAUGUUGGAACUUUGACUUUUGACUUCCAAGGGAAGCAGUCAAGUCAUCAAACCGGCCAAAAAAUGACGAAUAUAACGGGGGGCUUUGGUGUAGACGCCGAUAGAAGAUUGAAGACUAUUCUCGAGCAAUGGCACGACACCCGGUCCGUGAUACUCACCGUGGCCGCCUGGGUUUUGCUGGGAUCCUGGCUGUUUGUAAAAGCCUUGAGGAGAAGUAGAGCCAAGGAAGUUGAUACUGGACCUUUGAAGCCUGUCCAACAAACUAUAACGCCUAUUGCAGUGGAUCGUAGGAACACUUCAGAGGAGAAGCUAGAUUUGCAAAAGGAAACCCCGAAAGGCGUCACUACCGGGCCGCGGCGCAUCAAAGGCGAGCUACGGAAGCCAGACACUGCCAUCAAAAACGGAGAACCCAAUCAAGCACGGCGCAUACAAAUACUUGUGUUUUAUUCGUCUCUAACGGGAAGUACUGAAAGAAUUGUCAACAGUUUCGCCCAUGAUCUAGGAGUUUCAUUGGGAGAGCAGGCCGACGACACCCAAGGAAUUUUCCUGAAGCCUAUUGUACUAGACCUAGCGCAAGUGGAUUACGACGAAUACUUCAUCAGCGCCCCAAAACAAACCGACGCCAAUGUGCAACUAGAUUACUUCUAUCUCAUAUUACUACCGAGCUACAAUAUCGACUCAAUCAAUGACAAUCUCCUCGAACAUCUAAAGGAAACCCAUCAUGACUUUAGGAUCGAUACUGCACCUCUGUCGGGUGUAUCAGGGUAUUCGGUGUUUGGUUUAGGCGACCGAGAGGGCUGGCCUACCGAGGAUGAAGGGUUCUGUUUCCAGGCAAAGGAACUGGACAAAUGGAUGGCCAAACUCACAGGCCGCAAGAGAGCCUUCCCCUUAGGUAUGACGGAUACGAAACGAGACCUUAACGAGAGACUGGCCGAAUGGACGGAUGGUGUGAAGGACACGUUGAAACUUCUUGCGCGUACCGGAUCACUAGGAGAGGGGGUUGCGGGUAGUGGUGAUGCUGUUGAAAGUGAUGAUGAGUAUGGAUCUGGGGAAGAGGAUGACGGAGAAGUCGUUAUUGACGAAUCAUUCACUACGACAAAACCGAAAAGGGGGAAAUCUGGGAAUCUUGAAGACGUUGAAGAUCUAGGUAGGAUCAUGAAGGCGUCUCAACCCGGAUCCGAAAAAUCGAGCAAGUCCGCACCAAUUGCUGUGGAUUUUACCACAUACAACAAAUCGACCACCAAGAAAGUACCAUUCCAGCCUAUUAAGGAGAUGGUACCCAAAAACUCACCCACAUAUGCAUCAUUAACUAAACAAGGUUACUCCAUUGUUGGCUCACACUCAGGGGUUAAGAUCUGUAGGUGGACCAAGUCUGCGCUCCGGGGCCGUGGCUCUUGUUAUAAGUUCUCGUUUUAUGGCAUCGCCUCGCACCAAUGUAUGGAGACGACGCCGUCUUUGUCCUGUUCUAACAAAUGUGUCUUUUGCUGGCGGCACGGAACUAACCCCGUGGGAACUACUUGGCGAUGGGUUGUCGACCCACCCGAGAUGAUUUUUGACGGCGUCAAGACUGGCCAUUACAAAAAGAUCAAGAUGUUACGCGGCAUCCCCGGCGUCAGGGCCGAACGAUUCGCGGAGGCAAUGCGAAUACGGCAUUGCGCCCUGAGUUUGGUUGGCGAGCCCAUUUUCUACCCCCAUAUCAACGAAUUUCUUGCGCUAUUACACGGCGAACGCAUAUCGUCAUUCCUAGUUUGCAACGCGCAGCACCCAGACCAGCUUGCGGCCCUAAAAGCCGUCACACAGUUGUACGUCUCGAUUGACGCUAGCAACAAGGAGUCGUUGCGGAAAAUCGAUCGCCCACUACACCGCGACUUCUGGGAGCGCUUCCAGCGGUGCUUAGACAUCCUGCGAGAGAAGCGGCUCAAGCAGCGUACCGUCUUUCGAUUAACGCUCGUUAAGGGCUUUAAUGUGGAAGAUGAAGUGGAGGGAUACGCUGACCUUGUCGAGCGCGGACUGCCGUGCUUCGUUGAGAUCAAGGGCGUCACAUACUGCGGUACUUCUAGCAGUGCCGGAGCCGGUCUUAGCAUGGCCAACGUGCCCUUCUACGCCGAGGUCACCGAGUUCGUGACUGCGCUGGAUCAAAAGCUUAAGGACCGUGGCUUGGCGUACGGCAUCGCGGCCGAACAUGCCCACAGCUGCUGCGUGCUCAUCGCAAGCGAGCGGUUCAAGGUAGAUGGGAAGUGGCACACGCGGAUAGACUACGAGCGCUUCUUCGAGCUGCUCGAGGAACGCGGCGCCGAUGGCGACUGGACCCCCGAGGAAUACAUGGGACCCGAGACGCCGGAGUGGGCCACUUGGGGAAAUGGCGGGUUUGACCCCCGGGAUCAAAGGGUGGAUCGGAAGGGUAGGGCGAUUGAAACUUAAGGAACGGACUUUGUACUAUUGUGCCAUAUUCAAUACUAGGUAGUUGCAUGGGUUGGCUGUACUUAGGUAGGGACUUAGCAUAUACCAACCACACAUAUACAUAUACAUACCUAUACAUCUGAAGCAAUUUUGGAACUGGGACUUAAGACUGGCAAACA